AUGAGAAAAACUGUGACUUUAUAAUUUGAUUAUUCUAAAUCCUCAUUCUUUAAUGAUGGAAAGUAAUUAUUUUGUAAUUCUCCUCAACAUUAGAUGGAGUUUAUACAAUUUGGAACCUUUCUUAUGAAAUAUAAUAAUCGAUAAAACUCUGCGUGCAUAUUACUACAAGAAAAUAUAAUAAAAAUAGCUGAAGAGGUAUUUUAUUUAAUACAUUGAAGAAAGGGGAUAGAUUCAUAAAUCUUGAUAAUGUCUGCGUAAAAAAGACAUUGCAUCCAAAAACUUAGUAGUUAGGGUUACGAUUAAGUAGAAAUGGAUAAUUUAUUGAGUUAUUUGGAGAAAUAAUUGAAUUAUGGAAAUCGAUAAAAAAAUUUGUAAUCUAAACUGACUUCUCCUUAAAAUACAAAUUAGGAUAAAAAUUAGGAGAGGGUUAUAGCUCAUCAGUAUAUUAAAAAAUAAUUUUAGGUUUACAAGGCUUAUAAAAUCAUAAAUGGAUAAAAAGUAGCUGUGAAAAUUAUUGAUAAGAGCUUAGUUUCAAGAAAUAACAAUAGCGAGAAACAAUAUCUAACAAACGAGUUAGCUGUUCUAAGAUAAAUUAAUCACAGUAAUUUACUUAAACUACAUGAAACUUUCGAAUGUGAAGAGAAUAUUUAUAUAGUUACAGAUCUAUUGGAAGGAGGACAUUUGAAAAAUUCAAUAUUUAGAUUUAGAUAUUCUGAAUAAGAAACAAUAAUAUUGAUGUAAACUUUAUUUAAAUCACUUAAUUAUCUUCAUGAAAGAAAUAUUUUUCAUAAUGAUAUUAAAUUUGAUAAUAUUCUUCUAAAAGAUUAAUAAGAUUUAACAUCAGCCUGUAUAAUAAAUUAUGGAAAAUCAGAAGUCAUCUAAAAAAAUUUCCAUAACUCUAAUAAUCUCAAUUUUUAUGAAUAAAACCCAUCAAUUUAAUUUAUUAGAAAAAAAGAUAUUCUAGCUUUAUGCAUCGUAAUUUAUAGCAUUUUCUCAAAGAAAUUAUGUUAAGAGAAACUUGUUCUAGGUGAAUUAUUAAUGAAAAACUAUGAAAGCAUGGCUGAUAUUGAAUUAAUGGAUUCAAAUCCUUCACUAUAAUAAUUUUUUGAAAUUUUAUUAACCUAAAAAGGCUAACCUUAAAUGGAAUGUUUGAAAUGUUCAGACAUAUUAAAUUUAGAAAUAUUCAACUUUACAAUAACAAGAAGAUCUUCUAAAAUGUAAGGAAUUCCCCAUUAUAUGAAUAAUAAUUUUCGACGCUCUUCUAGAUUUACUCCUAGAAAUUCAUAAAAAGAUUAAUAAAUUAUCUCUAAUUUGUAAAAAAGCCUCAAAUUGCCAAUAAUAAAUGAUUCUUUAGAUUCAAAGAUUUUACAGAAUCAUUCUUAUAGUCCCUAAACUGAAAAUUAUAUUUCACAUAGAUUAUUAUAUGAAGAAAAACCAAGUUCCUUAAAACCUCGAUAUAGUUUUUUAAAGAAAUGCUUAAGCCCAAAUAUUUGA